ACGGGGCAUGCUCAGUGCGCGGCCGGCUGGGUGGCCCAGCGGCUGGACCCGGAUCUGCGCGGCGGCGGCGGCGGCGGCGACGUGAGCGCGCAGGGGGGCGGCGUCCUCGCCUCGUCUCUUUCUCUGCGCCUGGGUCGGUGGGUGACGCGGAGCGCGAGGGGGAGAGAUGUCGGAUUUCGACAGUAACCCGUUCGCCGACCCGGACCUCAAUAACCCCUUCAAGGACCCAUCAGUUACACAGGUGACAAGAAAUGUUCCACCAGGACUUGAUGAAUACAAUCCAUUCUCGGAUUCUAGAACACCUCCACCAGGCAAUGUGAAAAUGCCGAAUGUACCCAGUACACAACCAGCAAUAAUGAAACCAACAGAGGAACCUCCACCUUAUACACAGAUUGCAAAGGAACAUGCCUUGGCCCAAGCUGAACUUCUUAAGCGCCAGGAAGAAUUAGAAAGAAAAGCUGCAGAAUUAGACCGUCGGGAACGAGAAAUGCAAAACCUCAGUCAACAUGGCAGAAAAAAUAAUUGGCCACCUCUUCCUGGUAAUUUUCCUGUGGGACCUUGCUUCUAUCAGGAUUUUUCUGUAGACAUUCCUGUGGAAUUCCAGAAGACAGUAAAGAUUAUGUACUACUUGUGGAUGUUCCAUACAGUAACACUGUUUCUAAAUAUCUUCGGAUGCUUGGCUUGGUUUUGUGUUGAUGCUACAAGAGGGGUUGAUUUUGGAUUGAGUAUCCUGUGGUUCUUGCUUUUUACUCCUUGUUCAUUUGUCUGUUGGUACAGACCACUUUACGGAGCUUUCAGGAGUGACAGUUCAUUCAGAUUCUUUGUAUUCUUCUUCGUCUAUAUUUGUCAGUUUGCUGUACAUGUACUACAGGCUGCAGGAUUUCACAACUGGGGCAACUGUGGUUGGAUUUCAUCGCUUACUGGUCUCAACAAAAGUAUUCCUGUUGGAAUCAUGAUGAUAAUCAUAGCAGCACUUUUCACAGCAUCAGCAGUCAUCUCACUAGUUAUGUUCAAAAAGGUACAUGGACUAUAUCGCACAACAGGUGCUAGUUUUGAGAAGGCCCAGCAAGAAUUCGCAUCAGGUGUGAUGUCCAACAAAACUGUCCAGACCGCAGCUGCAAAUGCAGCUUCCUCUGCAGCAACUAGUGCAGCUCAGAGUGCUUUCAAGGGGACAGUGGAUCCUAGGGGGAAAAAAUCAACCAAGAAAAAGUUACAGCAUAUAUUUCUGAUGUCUCCAGACCAAGGCCUACCUCCAUAACAUGUGAGAAAACAGAAGCUUAGAGAGGUGAGGUCAUUUGGGCAACGUCACAGCCACUUUAAGGUGAGAUCAGGACUGAUCCAGGACCAUAUGAGGCUUAGAUUUUUAAUUGCUACUAAGAGUAAGUAUGGAACACCAAGGGCAUUUAUGCACAAGUACUUAGGAAGUGUCAGCUGGGUGUCCACAUAAUGGGACUUGAAGGUAAAUCCUGUUAUCUGGGUUAACUUAACAGUGAAGAGUGGUAUUUAUUAUUUUAUAAGUAACCCAAAUCUUGAGAUUUCCACUGAAGUAGAAGGUUCUUUCACACCAGCUUCUAAAGUCAAAAUAUCAAGAUUAUUUAUGAUGUUUUUUAUAGACAACGAAUGCUAUAACACCUGGGGCCUAUUCUUUAAAAUUAGGUAUAAUAAAGGAAUAUUCUUACAUAUCUUAUAAUUACUCAUCCAAUUGUAUUUUACAAAAUUGCCAUUGUUGCCAAAAUGAAAGGUGCAAGAAUAAACAGUCUGAAUGUAUUUCCAAAGAGUUACGCUGGCAACAGCCUCCUUCCUCACCAUUUGUUUCGGUGUCAGAUCCAGGCAGGGCUGAGAGAAAGCGGGCAAGAGGAGAAAAAAGACUGAUGCUCACAGCUGCUGCAAGUGCUUGGCUGAUGCUGGGGCUGACCACGUGCUGUUACAGAUUGGCCAAGAGGAGAGAAAGCAAGUCAGCUGCUUCCGACACACUUUCUCAGCCACAGAUCCAAGGACCAUGGAAAACUGUCAUUUAUGUUGGCUUAACUGCCUGGUGUAGACCUUCCUGAGGGAAAAAAGCCCACCAAGCAUCCCUUACAGAUGCCUCUCACCCAACCCCAACACGAGGGAGUCGGCGGACUAGUCCUUCUUUCCCAUGAUUUCUUCUCAGAGGGAUGCUGCUCAACUGGAAGGAGAAGAGCACAGCUUCCCCUGUAUUUCUGUGUUUUGUCUUAGAUCAGUGGGCCCUAGAGAGAUAGUCUGACUACACAGGAAUCUCUGCCUCCUGCCAAUUUAAAAUUUUUAGUAAUUGCAAACUUAAGAUCCUAUGUGUAUGCAGGGGGAACAUAGCUGAGGCCUGAUACACACAGUUGAGAGAGAGAGAGAGAAGAAAAAGGAGGAGGAGGAGGAAGAGGAGGUCAGAAAUAACUCAUUGGAGUAUGUGAAUAAUAGCAAAGAUAUGUUCUAAUCUUUGUGCCAAAACGAAUGUUCUUGCCAUUUAUAUGAAAUAGCCAACAAGAGCACCAAAAAUUUUGUUGGAUUAGUUCACUUUAUUAGAGACUGAAUUCAAUGGACUAAACACUGUAUUAAAAACUGCAUGCAAAUAGUCUUUUAGACUGACGGUAUCUGAAGUUGUUUCUGCAGGACUGUAAAAACAGGUAUGGUGGUAUAGCCCAAGAAGUCCCAGCCCUCACUGUAGACAGCCACUAAUGUGCUGAAGAUAACUGUUUCUCAGGAUGAAAAGCAUUCCUAGGGAUGACAAACCCACUUCACCUGCAUACCAGCAUACUGAUAAAGCUCACUGUAAAUGCAUGGAAAAUUGCCUCUCUGGCCAACAGAACUCUUCAACAGGACUAGUAAGUUGUGUGCUGGCUUCCCUUCACCUGCAUCUUCACACUGACUUCCUAAAAGCUUUUGGUAACACUUCUCAACAACAGUUUGAAGAUAUAUACAUGAAAAUAAACACAAAUCCUUGAGGCCCUGUGUGUCUGAAGGGAAUAAAGAUAAACUUCAAAUCAUAAGUGAAUAAAAAAAGAGGACAAAGUUUCUUCUUCCCCUAACCAAAGCUGAAAUCAAAAGUCUAAGAAAAACAAAAACAAAAAACUAAGGUAAUGUCAUAUUUCCAAACUCCCUAUUUUUCAGAAGAGGAACAUAGAGAGGUGGUACACUUAUUUCUGGGCCCAUUACCCCCUACACACACACUCCUCCUAAGACUUGAAGAAGGAAAACAUCAGCUGUUUUUUGGGGGAAAACCCUUUCGAUCUGUUUACUUGGAAGCCAGCCUGCUGAGCUCAAGAGUGUGCUAUAAGGCAGACUAGAGGGAAUUCAUUUAGGCUGUUUCCAGGCCUGGACACCAGGUCCAGAGCUUAUCCUCACUGUCAAGGAGUUCUGUGCACACACUUUAGCAUUUGCUGAGGGAUGGAUGAGUCAUUCAUCGUGCCCUUCAGUUAGGGUUGCAGGUGGAUUGGCUGUUUCUCCUGUUAGAGUUCAGAUUAAUAAACAGCUUGGUUAUGAUUGUUGAAAUGUUCAUUUCUUUUCUGAAAACCAAAGCAAGAGUCUAUCCCUCUGCUUCCUUGAGGAUGUCUUCAUUCUGCCCCGCAUGAACGCAUGUUUCUGCCAUACAGAACGAGUCCCUUGAGCCCAAACUGAUUCCCUCCCCUCUUGGUUCUGGAUCCACCUUUCAAAGCCAGUGGCCAAGUCCAUGAAAGAGCUGGUGGCCUUGGAAGUUCCUUGCAGCUCACAGCCUCCCUCUCUGUAAGGAGCUCAUACUUUUCUUUCCACCGAUUUAUAACCAGCUCGUAAGUGAGAAAGCCCCAGAAAGUGGGAGUUAGUUUCUAUUUUCUGAUCUGUACAGAACACUUGCCAGGCUCCAGGAGACAUACAAUUUACACCAGCACACGAAACUCAGAGCAGCUGAUACUAAUUCCUUCCCAGCUCGCUGCUUCCCCUACCAAAGCUGACAUCAUCGGGGUUGGGCUGACAGUGGUGGCAACCAGCUCCCCUUCCUGCAUGGACACCCCACAUUCACACUCCUUCUCAGCCUAGAGUGCUUGCUGCAGGUGGGACCUAACUCCUCCAUGGAUUCAUAUGUAGAAAACAUGCUUUUAAUUUAAUGGGAAAAGCAGAGUCGUCGUUUCUUCAACAAAACCCAACAACUUAGAACCCGAGGAAAUAGCAAUGACCAGGAACACGAGAGCAGAGGAGCAGACACUUCCCCCAAAGCGGGGAGUCAAACGGGGAAAGGGGUGACCAGGGCAGCGCGCCCAUGGUGCUGAGAACAGACUUUUGCAAAGGCAACCUGACCAGACAGAAGAGGGUCUUCAAAACCCGCAGUCAGUGAGAGAGCAAAUGUGUGUGCCCCGCGCACGCAGAGCCCCUCCCGCUCCCGGGCCCCUCCCCUCCGCGCACACCUACCUGCAAUGCCUUGCAACAGCCCGCAGACAUUGAAGAUACUUUUCUUCAUGAUGCUCUGCACACACAUGGUGAAGACGGACACCAGGGCCACCAUGCAUAGGAUGAAGAUGCCCAUGGCCAAGAAGAUGGCAGUGGCCUGCCAGAAGCCGCUGGCGAUCUCCCCGAAGUUCUCGGCGUAGGGCCCGCACAGCGUCUCCCGCGGGACGUGCUGCACCCCGGGGUUGCGGAUGCAGCGCGCGUAGAUGCCCAGGGUCGGGUGGUGGGGCUCCGGGGGGCCGCCCCGCUCCUCAGGGUCCGUGCCGGAGCCGGUGCCGCCGCCGCCGCCGCCGCGGGUCUUGGCUUUCCCAAUGAGCCAGUCCGCGCUCAUGAAGGCGAUGAGCUCCGCGAACGCCACCACAAUACUCAGGAGGGUCCAGAGCAUGGAGCGGCAGGUGACAAUGACAUGACACAUAUUGCUGCUGUUGAAGGCGGGAAAAGGAGGGAGUCCACGGAGUUCACAA